UCCCCACAAGAAGAAGACGGAGCGCCUGCUGGAGUUCAGCUGCCGGCCUUGGCCCAUCAUGUAAGUGCUGCGGAACAUUCCCUGCAGUUGAAUUGCAAAAUUUCUCGUUUCAGCCUGUUUUGCAAGGCGUGCAAUUCUACAUUUGCUCCAAGCAAGGAAACCUGGAGUUUAGAGGCCAAACGGCUCUAGUUGCAUGAAGAUCCCGGCUAGGAUUUUGCAUCAUUGUUGCAAAUCGAGCCGCUGAAGCUACAGCCAGAACGAGAGAUGGAGGGAGGGAGCGAUAGAGAAGGCAAAGUCUUUUGUGCUUCCCCUCCCCCCAAAGGAGAAAUGUCUCCAACCAAGGGAGCAGGAAAAGCAAGAGGCAGAGCCAAACUCAAGCUGUCGAAGGAAGUUUUCGAGCAGCCACCUGCAACAGCAACACCCCCGAGAGAUUUGGAUUCGAAAGCCUGCGUGACCAUUGGAGGGAAGAACUUCGAGGUGAAGGCGGACGACUUGGAGCAGAUCAGCGAGCUGGGCCGUGGGGCUUAUGGGGUGGUGGACAAGAUGCGGCAUGUGCCCAGUGGCCAGAUCAUGGCAGUGAAGCGGAUCAGAGCCACAGUGAACACGCAGGAGCAGAAGAGGCUGCUGAUGGACCUGGACAUCUCCAUGAGGACUGUAGACUGUUUCUACACGGUCACCUUCUACGGGGCUCUCUUCAGAGAGGGUGACGUGUGGAUCUGCAUGGAGCUGUUGGACACCUCGUUGGACAAAUUCUACAAGCAGGUUAUUGAGAAGGGGAUGACCAUCCCAGAAGACAUCCUGGGAAAGAUGGCGGUGUCUAUUGUGAAGGCCCUGGAGCACCUGCAUAGCAACCUCUCAGUGAUACAUCGAGACGUGAAGCCGUCCAACGUGCUCAUCAACGCGCAGGGCCAGGUCAAGAUGUGCGACUUCGGGAUCAGCGGCUACCUUGUGGAUUCCGUGGCCAAGACCAUGGAUGCCGGUUGCAAGCCUUACAUGGCGCCUGAGAGGAUCAACCCGGAGACGAACCAGAAGGGUUAUAACGUCAAGUCCGACAUCUGGAGUUUAGGGAUUACCAUGAUCGAGCUCGCCAUCCUGCGAUUCCCGUACGACUCGUGGGGAACGCCAUUCCAGCAGCUCAAGCAGGUGGUGGAGGAACCGUCGCCGCAGCUUCCAGCCGACCGGUUCUCGCCGGAGUUCGUAGCCUUCACCUCCCAGUGUUUGAAGAAGAAUGCCGGAGAACGUCCUACUUACACAGAACUCAUGCAACAUCCAUUCUUCCUGCUCCAUGACUCCAAAGACACUGACGUGGCCGGCUUUGUUAAGAUCAUCCUGGGGGCCUGAGGGCGGGGCCUCUCCCCAUGACUCUGCCCACAUGCUCUGGGGAGGCAGGACUACUCCAAAAAAUCGCAAUCCAGCUCCCCCGUGGGAAACCUUCACAUCCUCUCCUGUCUGCCCCUAGGGAGGUGUUGUCCACCGCAGCAAGGGGGUUAACCCACUAGGGGGUGCUCUUCCACUUUGAAUAUGCUUUAAAAUUCUAAAUUUUAUAUUUCCAUCCCAUCCCUCAAGUUCAAAGAGAUAUUUAGCUCCUUACACCUAACCCCAAAAUCUAUUCUUCUACGCAUCAAAUUUUGACCUGUCUGUCUGCCUGGUUAUAUUUUCUGGAAUGUUCCAUUUAAUGGGCAGGUGGCCAAGCACAGGGAAAAUAAAGAUAUUUAUCUGCUAUAUCUGUUUACGCAUGCCUACACAGUGAGGUGUUUGAGUAACCGAGCGCAUGCAGAGAGAAAAGGCAAAGUUGUUCAUAUCCGAUUUAUGAAUUCUGCCAUUGAACAGCAGAGGGGCGAGCACAGGACUCGGGGGGGGGUCGUCCAUACAUCUGAGGUCCACACGCCACUGAUGUGAUUUAUUUUUUUUGUGUCUGCAUGCUCCUCCUACCUGUUGCACAUCUGUGCUGUGAUUGGUUUAUGGAGUGACCAGUCUUCAUCAUUUCUGAGCCAUUCUGUAGACUCGCCUCUGUGUGAUCUUGUUGCAAGGAACUGGAAAGCAGAAUAUAUUAUUAUUUUUAAUGAUCAUCAUCCAGUAUCAGUUGCUUUAUAUAUAAUUUUUUUUCCUCCUUGAAUUAAGUGGUGGUUAUGCAGUUCCUGUAUUUAUUCUAACUGCUGUUCCCUCCUUCCCCCCCUUGAGAACUUGACAUUUUCUUGAUUUUUAUGUGUGUGUGUUUGUGGUGGUGGGGUGCCUGAUGUCGCUGUCCUUGCUAGCGACCUGCAGAAUCUCCUUUCCCCAGUACACGUCAAGAGUGCCCAGGUCGUGCGGUAUAUAGUGAUUGUGGUCCAGGUUGUCAUCCUCAUUAUAAAAUGACCACUGUACACGUCGUAGUGCAGAUAUGGCUGGCAGCUGCAGUGCCCCCCCCCCCCCCCCCCCACCAUAAUCUUGAGAUGCCCCCUGCCGUUUCUUAGCCAGCUGCCGCCUCAGUUGUGGAGUUGUAACUGAGUUUCUUACGCGCAUCACACGUUCCACUCUCACAACAUGUUUACUGGACAUGUGGAACUUCAAGAUGGGCCAGCAUAACUGGUUGGGAUGGGGGGUGCAGGGGCUUUUCAGCUGUGGGUGUCUGUACUGUACACUGGCCUUCACAAUGCCUCUCUUUGGCAGUUAGUCUUCCCAUGCAGAGUUCGGGAAGCAGUCAGUUAACUGUAAUUGAAAUUAGAGGCAGACCCAAAGCCUGCAUGUCAGAGAUUCUGGUGACCCUGGUUCUCGGGUCCGGUGGCAUCUGGCAGUGGCUGAAUGAGCCCCUCCCCAGGGUAGCAGGACUUCCUGUGUGUCAUUCCACUCUUAUCACCUCAUGCCCCGGCUGCUAAUUCUGAUACACUACCUUGAACUGGUGUGUUUUAGGUGGAUCGGUUGUUUUUGCUGCGUUUCCGGCUCUCUAUGCAAUGCCGCGAUGUUCUCCACGUCGUUCUCAUCUCUCUCUGCCCGUAUUACACUGAAGACCUCCGCUUAUGAUGGGCCAGCUCACGAGAUCGCUCCUCGGGCCCAUUCUAGCGCUCUGCUUUGAUUCCCCGCCUCCUGCUAGUGACUCCUUAACACCCUCUCCAUCUCCCAUUCAUUGAAAAAGAAAAAUCCUGUACCACCACUAGGAGCCGCCACCUAAGGCCUCACACAGGUCCCUGGGGGUGUUCCCCUUGGCCGUGUGUGUGGCCAUCACCUGUGUGUCGUGGAGCUCCUGGCGGACGCACGUUCCCUGGGUGAGGCGUGGGAAGGUCAGGGUAGCACCUGUCGGUACUCGUGUCUCCGCAUGUUGGAGCGUUGUUUUGGGAUAGUUUAGCAAACUGGCGUGGAUUCGGGUGAGAGGACUGUGCCGGUAGUGCUUCAGCAGAAAGGCCUGCUUUGACCUUCAUACUUGCUGUAGGACGUUCCUUUGUGAGUGUGCGUGUAUAUACAAUAUAAACAUACACUGUAUAAUACGUCUUAAUUCUACAUUAUAUCAGAAUAAGUGCCCUUAUUUUGUACUACCCCUUUAAAGCCAGUACUUGGGACUCUUAGUAUCUGUGCUGCUGCCUUUGUGUUGUACUUCACAGGACUUACUAAGGGAAUCGAUCUCACACGAUCAUAAACAGGCCUGUUGGUUGUCUGGUACUGGCACGGUCAUGACAUCGAAGCGACACUAACAGGUCAGCGAUGUCCCCCCCCCCCCCCCCCCCCCCCAAGGACCGCCGGCUGAGUGCCAGACCACUUGAAGUGUUAGAAUUCAUUCUCACCUGGGGCUUGACUUUUAUUCUGGGUUUUUAAUAGUGAAAUGAGAAUCAGGGAAUUUAGUGGAGCGUCGCCCUCCUAAUCCCCCCCAUGGAAUCGGGGGGGCCCCACGCUAUGUGGAAGUCUGGUGAAUUGGGCAUGGUUUGGAGGAGGUAUACGGAUAGAGUGCAGGUAUGACUACUGUAGCACCUUUGCUGUACUAAGGCGCAGACCUUCUUCAAGAAUCCAAUUGUGCAUCGAUAACCAAUCUUCAUGACCCCAAUCAGAGGGUAAACGACUCAGUCGUAUGCUAUGCACUGGGCACCAGGAAUGAACCGGCCUUUUCCACACCCCUACUUUGUCUGCUUGGGUAUAAAAGGCAAGGGCGUUGCUUUGGGUCCACGUAAAAUACACCUGCACCCCCACAGUGAGCCUUCCUGUCCAGCCACUCCCCCAAGCACAGUACAGUACACUCUGCCGUCUGCACUGCUGUUCCACCACCCCCCCCCCAUGGGUCUAAGGGCCCCACCUGUCCUUUCUGCGUACACACACCACCGACCUCGAAAAUGCUUUUAACCGCUGAAUCCCGAAAACUUCCCCCCCCCAAAAGCCCGAUUCUGUGACGCCUGCGUCCGCUAGCUUAAGGAAGACCUUAAUGAAGGCCUUGUGAUGCUUUUGUGUGUUUUGUGCCGUUUACCCUUGUUUGGUGGUGUUGCCGUUGCUGCUCAUGCCUGCUCGUGGCUCGGCCCAGUUUCCUGCAACGACUAUUAUCGAGAUGCUUAGAAAUGCAGGCUCUGAAAGUAAAUAGUAAGACAUUCUCGCACUGUGAGAGAUUCGGCAAGUGGUUAGCAGCUCCUUGUAGCUAUGCUAGCUGACGUGUUCGCCAUCCACCCCCCUCUGCCCCUCCCCUGCUCUUAUUCUUAAUUUGCUGAAUGGUAUCAAAAUGUACAAUUGCAUCUGCUACUGUAGGCAUAAAUGGGGGGGGGGGAGUGAAUAGCUUGUGCCUUCCCAGGAGAGAAGUUCUCAGCAUAUCUGCACCUCCCUACAAGGCAUUUAAAGACUAAUGACUGUUUUAGCGGGCGAUACAUUUCUAUGAAUAUUUUAGUGUGCCCAAGAAUUGUUGGUGUGCAAUUGUAAUAAAGGAGACUCGAAUAAAAGAGGUAUUUUUACACAAUAAAUAGUGUCUCCUUGCCUCUUGAAAUUUUCUUCCCAGUUGAGACAGGGGCACUAUGGGAUUGCAGCGAAGCAUGCCCUCUACAUGACCUUUGUGUGUCCUUAGGCUGUGUGAAGGCUGCCCCAAGGCUGAGCCUUGAUACUUUCACACUCAUAAUGUGGGGGGGGGGGACAUGGGUGCUGGGGGCUUUUCCUGAAGCGUGUUUCCCUCCUCCUCUCCUUCCGCAAUCCAAAGGCAAAUGCCAGGGCUUGUUGGUAUCCCUGAGUUUUCUAAAGUGUGCGACUCUUAGUGGGUGUGUGUCCUACAAUGGGCUGACGGUCCGUCAAAGGGAAACCCCCCCCGUACCCCCCCC